GUCUGAUUGGGCGAGAGAGUAGAGAUCAGGAGAGAACGAAAGAGAAUUCUGCAUAUCACAGGAGACAGCUGAGGGGGAAGGACAGACACCAGAUGCUAAGCAAUUUUGAAGUGUGAGAGCAGUUUGUGACAUACAUCAUCAGAAUGGGGGCCAAACAGGGAAGGCUUGCAGACUAUCCCCAGCAACCAACACCCAAGUUGAAAAGGGCUCGACCGUCCAGUAUGAAAAGUGGAGUGACCCGAAAGCUAUCGUUUGUUUUCAAGAAAACCAACACUCGUGAGCUGACCGUUCAGAGAAUCAACAGAACCAUUCGACCUUGCGCUGACGGGUGUGAAGGUCAAAGUCUGAUGUCCGCCAUUGACCGCUGCCAUCGGUCAUGCGUCAUGAAGUUACUCUCGGCGGGGGAAGAUCCAUACGACGAAAACGAAAACGGAGAAAUGGCUUUUCAUCGUUCUGUGAGAAACCCAGACAUUCUUGAAAUGUUCUUAGAGUUUGGUUGUGACGUUGGAGUAAGAACAAGCAGACCAGAGCUGGUAUGUCGGGAUCAUACAAAUGUCUGUCGACCAGCAGGCAGAACGGCCCUACAUUUUGCCGCGGAAGCUGGUCAGAUUGAGAGCGUUAAGCUUCUUUUGGAAUAUGGCGCUGACCCUGACCCAGCCGACCACCUUCACCUUACGCCUUUGGUUAUAGCGUUGGCUAAACAACAAAUAGACUGUGCCAAAUUCCUGCUCAAAGCGAAUCUAUAUUACAACGAAGACGGCCAAAAAUGGCUUCUCAAGACGUUGAUGACAGCCACGUACUUGGGCGAUGUCGAACUGAUGAAGUUGCUCAUUGACGCUGGGGCUCACCCGUUUGGUGCAGAUAUCUACGACGGCUUCACACCGCUCAUGAUGGCCGCCAAAUCCGGUCAGCUGCCGGCGAUACGCCUGCUGCUGGAAUGUGGUGUGGACCCGAACUGCCGUGACAAACUUCGGCGGUGGAAGGCGUCAGACUACGCCCAUGCUAACGGACACGACGACCUGGUCAUCAUCCUGAAGGAAUACGAGGAGUCCCCAUCCAAGGUCAGAGCGAGGAACCCGUCCGCACGACCUCGACACGACCGCGUCAUCAAGGCGGACGUAGAACCCUUCAGUGAUAUCCCGGAUAACGCCUCGAAUGGGUCAUGUGACGUGGAGGUCUCACAUAGCACUCACGUGUGAUUAUGAUAUAAGUAUUUCCUGAAAAUGGUUCCAAUGAAGCUGGGUUUCGAUUCUUACUACAUCAGAAACUGUACAUGUAUAUACAUAUUUAAAAGCACGCGGCGCUGACAUACAUAGAAUUCGGUGCCUCCGCUAAAUCUGAACUAUUAUGGCUAGGCCGGUAGUAAUUGUAAAUUAUAUAAAACGUAAUAUCCAUUUUACCAAAUACACAUAUCUAGCAAAAAAAGUGCUAUAUUAUAGAAUACAUAUUAUGUACAUAGUAAUUUAAUACCGAGGUUAUCCGGAGGACGUGUCUUAGAAAGAACUGUCUGCAUGAAGUGCAAGAGUUGCAAGUCCUAUGUAAGCAGUUUUUAGCGAAAGUCAAGGUAAUGAUUA